AACCUAAUUUACACAAACUGUCUGUGUGAAAUAACAUUUACGCAAACUGUGUGAAAUAACGUCACUGUUUCAGCCCACCACAUUGCACCACGAGGUGCAUGUGCAUGUAGUGUAAAUGCUGCUUACGUAGACAAACAGUUCAUUCCAUAAACAAGUGAUGCUCUAUGAGCCCCAGUUGAAAACAGUCUGCAUUUGAGAGAUCAACACGAGCUGUUCGGAGUCAGGAUGUCAAGGCCUUGAGCGUCACAGGAAGCUGCAGCAGGGUGACAUACAUAAAGGCCAUGCAGGAUGUCUCGUCUCUUCAGUCAGCCACCACUAGAAACAGCUGUAAAACCAGCCGUCUUCAUGGGAACAGUGCAGAGGAGGGAACACAGUCAUUCUGAUUAAUUAGCAGGCCUGAGUGGAAACCUGAGCUUGCACACAUAAUACAGGCAUCCGUGUGUAUGUGUGUGUGCUGAAGGCAGACAAGCCUUCACUUUUUCUUCAUCAAAAAGAUUUGUAAUUUACCAGUUGAUCUGAGAAAGAUCUGGCUUACUACUUGUGCGGAAUAUCAUUUCGGGACAAACAAUACAGAAAUUGAAGGAGCAAGAAACCAAAGAACAUGGGCACCUGCCCCAUCCGAUGUCAAUCCAACCUGACAAUCCUAGAAAAUCCACCUGAACCUGUAUCACCACCCCUCCAGGAGAGCAUUAUUGUAUCCCUCUGUAACUACCCAUCUUUUGUGGGCACAGAAUUGACCAUGUGCAUUGGGGAACGACUCACCAUCAUAUCAGACGACGGUGAUUAUAUGAUGGUGAGAUCCACAACCACAGGCCGUGAGAGCUACGUUCCCACCAGCUACAUCGCCAAGGUGACACACAGGUGGCUGUUCACAGGCAUCAGCAGGUACAAAGCAGUGGAGCUGCUCAUGGAGCCUAAUAACCCGAGCGGAGCCUUCUUGAUUCGAGAGUCAGAGACAAACAAAGAUUGUUACUCGCUGUCUGUCCUGAAGAGGGCCAACGCUUCAUACUUGGACGGUGUAAAGCACUACCGAAUCCCUUGCCUUGAAAAUGGCUGGGUCUACAUAUCUCCAGGGAUCUCCUUCCCCUCCCUGCAUCACCUGGUGGAACACUAUUCAGAGUCUGCAGAUGGAUUGUGUUGUCGGCUGAUAGAGCCUUGCUUCAUCCAGGGUUUAGACAACGCUAGAGAAGCCAGGCCUUUACCCACAACUGUCAGAAGGCCUACCAUCAACUGGAAGGACAUUAGCAGGUCAGCGAUUUUCAAGAGGAAGAGAACAGAGUCAGACAACUCUCUGGUGAGCGAAGGGCUGAGGGAGGCCAUCACCUCCUACCUCCAAAUGACAGAGGGCAACGAUCACAGCUGGGACACUUGAGGAGAUGUAGUGGAUCAGUCUGACAAAAAGAAGUCAGUCAGAUAGAGGGAAGUCAGAUGCUGGCCUGUCCCAUCUCUAGUUUGGGCAAGCCAUUGGAUGAGGUCAUCUGCAUGCCCAAAUGUAGUCUUUGCACACCGCCCUGGGGUUGCGGAAGGGCUAAGACACUACAAUGUAUGUUGUAACAACAAUAUGCUGUAUGUCAGCAACAAGACUGUUUUUUGUGUGUUUAAAGAGGCACACAAGGUGUGAGUAGACUGUAUAUUCUAUGGGUGUGAGCCUUAAAAUUGCAAGUCUGUGAGACAUUUGUUCUCAAUUGGUUUGAAAAGUUGAAUGUUUCUCUUAAUUUAAUAUGUGCUGUUGAAUGCAAUAUGAAAAUGCUAAUUCUAUUGUAAUAUGAUUGUUGUUUUUAUGGUUAAGAUAUUGGAAUCCAAUAAAAUAUGUUAGCUAUGUGAUAAAUGAGCAACACAAAAA